AUGGCUCCCUCGUCAGACGAGAUGAACAACAUCCAGCGCGGCAGCGUCGUCUCCAAGGCCGUCUCCAAGCUGUCUGACGACACCUCCAGCAACGAGCGCCAUGAGGUCCUCAACGAGAAGCCCGCCGAGGCCAAGGCCUACCGCGACCAGCAGGCCAUCAACGACCGCGUUCCCACCAUCACCGAGGAUGACCCCGAGGUCUACGCCCACCUGGGCUUCUGCUACCCUACCUGGUACAAGUGGUACAUCCUCACCGUCAUCUUCGUCAUCCAGUGCUCCAUGAACUUCAACGCCAGCAUUUACGCCAACGGCAUUACCGGCUUGGAGGAGCACUUUGGCAUCAGCGCUCAGGCCGCUCGCUGCGGUCAGCUUAUCUUCCUUGUCGCUUACGCUUUCGGCUGCGAGCUCUGGGCUCCAUGGUCUGAGGAGUAUGGCCGCAGGCCCAUCCUCCAGUGGUCUCUCGGCCUCGUCAACCUCUGGUCCAUCCCUUGCGCCGUCGCUCCCAACUUUGGCACCAUCAUGGUCUGCCGCUUCCUCGGCGGUCUCUCGUCUGCCGGCGGCUCCGUCACUCUGGGCAUGGUCGCCGACAUGUGGCAGCCUGACGAGCAGCACUUCGCCGUCGCCUACGUUGUCUUCUCUUCCGUCGGCGGUUCCGUCAUCGGUCCCAUCGUCGGCGGCUUCGCCGAGACGUACCUGAGCUGGCACUGGGUGUUCUGGCUCCAGCUGAUCUUCGGCGGCGCAACCCAGCUCCUCCACUUCUUCACCGUCAAGGAGACCCGAGCAACUGUUCUCAUGAGGCGCUACGCUGUGAAGCUUCGCAAGGACGGCAACGAGACCGCCUAUACCGCUGAUGAGCUCGAGAAGCUUCGCGUCAAGGAGUCCGGGGUUUGGAACAUCGACGGUCUGCCUCUGAAGGAGAUCAUGAUCAUUUGGACCCGCCCUUUUAAGAUGUUCCUCACCGAGCCCAUUGUCCUGUUCUUGUCUCUUCUCUCCGGUUUCAGUGAUGCGCUGAUCUUCACUUUCCUCGAGUCCUACGCGCCGGUGUUCAAGCAGUGGGGUUUCAGCACCAUUGCAAUUGGCCUUGCCUUCCUCCCGCUUCUCAUCGGCUACUUCAUUGCAUAUUUCUCUUUCUUCCCCUGGUUCAUCAAGCAGAGGAAGAUGAUCAAGAACGGCACCGAUUACCCUGAAUUCCGCCUGAAGUGGCUUCUCUUCACCGCGCCUCUCGAGGCUAUUGGUCUUAUUGGCUUCGCCUGGAGCAGUAUGGGCCCGGACUACAAUCACUGGAUCGUGCCUUUGUUCUUUUCGGCAUUCGUGGGUAUCGCAAACUAUGCCAUCUACAUGGCCACUAUCGACUACAUGGUCGCUGCGUACGGUCCUUAUGCGGCUUCGGCUACCGGUGGCAACGGCUUUGCUCGUGACUUCCUCGCUGGUAUCGCCGCUCUCUACGCUACACCUCUGUACACCAACAUUGGACCGGCACCGAAGAACCUCGCGUACGCCUCGACCAUUCUCGCCUGUCUUGCCGUCUGCGUCACCGUCCCCAUUUACGUCUUCUACUGGAAGGGUCCGGCGAUUCGUGCUCGCUCCAAGUUCGCCCAGGAGAUCGGCGCCGACAGAGAGCAGCAUUCGGGAAAGAGGCGCGCGUCGCACACCCCGAAGCCGGAGCACGUGUAA